AUGGAGGCAAAAACAAGCGAGUUUCAUCGACUUCAUAGGAGACUGCGUAGUGACGAGGAUGAUAAAUGGGAUUGUAGUGUAUGUACCUACAUAAAUCCAAAAGAAUCUUAUAAGUGUGAAAUAUGCCACACCAGGAAAGGAACUUCUACAAGGAAACCAAGAUUGAAUACUCAGGUAGUAGAACAGCAACAGUUAAUUGCUCAAACUAUACUAAAAGAAAAGGAUGAUGAACAAAAAAAGAAAAGAGAAUCUAAAUGCAAGCAGUCUGUAUCCAGUAACUUUCGGUUGAAACACUUUGAUCGAUCCUCACCAUUACUUUUCGAAAUCUUCGCAAAUGGCUAUAGCGUUAUUAUCACUGAAUUCCAACCCAAAUCAAUAAAAUCAAAUGUUAGGAGCUUUUCAGAAAGUCCUGCUCCUUCCAACUGCUCAUCACAUCAAGGUUUCGGACCCAACCCGAAUACUUUAGCCGAUGAUAUAUCGUCAACAGACUCACUGACCAAUGUGCCUAUUAACCCACGGCCACACCAUCUUUCGGAGUACGAGUUUAACGAUCCAAUUGAUAUUAAGCCUCCUAAAAUUUCCGAAUAUCCAUCAAAGCCUAGUUUUGGUAUGACAAGAUCUGGUCCAUCACCAGUUGAGGAGCCUAUGCGCCCUUGUAGAUCCUACUCACCUGCAUCCAGUUCAGCAGGAGGCAACACACUAAGCAGAGCAAGCUCACCACCUAACUCAAUUGGUCCUUGCCUGUUUGAUGUCAAAAAAGAACAAGCUGCUCUUGAGGCUGAACAAGCUGCUCAUGAUGGUGAUGAUGAGUGUGAAGAAGAAGAAAACAUUCCUAAAGCUAGCUUAUCUACAGAACCAAAGCUCUGCUCUCGUGAAACCAAACAAUCCAGGCGAUCCGUUUUACGAACUGUCUCUUUGAAUUCAUCUUGUUCAUCUCAGAGCCGCCGAAGUCACCGAGAAGAUAGAUUACGUUGUACUUCCUCUAUGUCACCUUUAAAGCGAAAGAAACUGACUAGUGGUUCUAGUCGCGGUAAUUGCAUAGGUUUAUCCUCUCUUCCACGUGGUUGUCAGUCAAAAUGUAGAAUAUCAAAAGAAAUAAACUCUUUAAUGUCUCCUACUAGUUACCGUUCCUUACGUAGUGGCAGCGAUAAGUAUGUCGCUAAUGUAACAAAAUCCAAAAAAUCAUCAAAACGAUUCAAGAAGUUUUCUAGUCAAUUGGAUGCAAACUUAAAACCACAAAAACGUCAACGAUUUGAAGAAUUACCGAAGUCUAAUUGUAAACAGCGACUGCAAAAUGGACAAGAGUAUGAAGAGUCUAUAAUGGCAAACGAAAAAGUUGUCUACAAUAAGAGUUCUUUUUCCAGUAAUAUCAAUUGUAGCAUCUCUACUAAUCAUUACACUUUUCCUGAUGAUGAACCAAAAAUACAUUCAUCACCAGAUCAUAAAGAUUCUACUUGCUCUGUAUCUAUAUCCCAGACACAUCCACGUUUAUCAACAGAAUCUAAAAACACCAGUGCAAUGACAGAUAGCAGUGGAGCUACUGCCUUAGAAAUGUCUAGCUAA